GAGGAGAUAGUCUACGAACAGCCUACCGAACAGGAUCAAGAACUGUUUCUGAAGGAAAUGGGAGUCACUAGAGAGCAAGUAAAGAAAAAUGUACAUCACUUAAAAUCCUGGUUGGCGUCAAACUCUGAUCUGCCAGCUGUUCAAGACGAGGCCUUCUUGGAGAGAUUCCACUCUCACUGCAAAUUCAGCUUGGAAAAAACUAAGAAGAAACUGGAGAUUUACUACAAAACAAGAGCUCUGGAGCCAGAAAUCCUCAGGGAUCGAGAUCCUUUGCAUCCUUCUAUCAGACUGACCAAAGAAAAAGCUUUCCACGUGACCCUCCCCCGUCUCACACCCCAGGACAAGCAGAGAGUCACCAUAAUGCGUCUAUUUUCACCAGAUGCAACCGACCUGAAUAUGGAUAUAGUGCUGAAGGCAGGUCUGAUGAUGCUCGACCUGAAUAUGAGCCGAGACCUGGCCAGUGGUCAUAUCUUGGUGAUAGACAGCAAUCACUUUAGCACAGCGCAUCUCUGCAAGCUGACGCCCUCGUUCAUACGCAAGUGUGACACAUGCAGUACGAAAGCAUUCCCACACAGAUACUCGAGUGUCCAUUUCCUGAACGUUCUACCUUUUAUGCAGACAACCAUGAAUUUGUUCAAGACUUUUCUGGGAACUAAAAUGUCUUCUAGGAUCCUGAUACAUUCAUCAUAUGAAACCUUCUAUGAAUAUGUACCACGAGAGAUUCUUCCAAAAGAGUAUGGGGGAACCUACCCGUUCAGUAUAACUGAGAUUAGAGAUGACGGAUACAGAAUAAUGGUGGAAGAGCGUAACUGGUACCUGGAACAGGGAAGAAUGUUUGCAGAGUUGGAAGAAAAGAGAAAAGACGAUACGUUCAGGGAUAUUUUCGGCUGCAAAGGGACUUUCCGCAAAAUCGAAAUCGACUGAUAAAAAACUUGUUUCGAAUAAAGGAGAAGAAAAGAAUAAUUAUAAAUUGGAUGAAACACUUUUGUAAAAUUCAAAGAGACUCUUAAACACUUUUGUAUGGUGUAUUGUAUUUAGUUCGUCGAUUCUAACUUGAUUUAUUCAAUCAUAAUUAUGCUAUAGCACCAAUUAAAGAAAUAAAAUCUUGAAAAAAUACAAAUAGGAAUUAAUAAAAUAUCUAUAAGAGAUCUAAAUUAAAAUAUCCAUAUCAAUUGUCUAUAUUUCUUCGUGUAAAUUGCUUUGUCUCUGACUAUAUGAGAGACAAUAUAGAAUAUAAUAAGAACACUGCUUUUCUAUAGUGAAGAAUGUGAUGAAACAAUUGAAUUGUUGUAUCUGGUUGUCUUUUUUUCGUUAUUACUCUAGAAUAAAAAUAUUUUUUUUUUUUUGAAAAUUAUUCACUUUCAACCAAUUGUUUGUGAGUAAAAAAAAUUAAUAAAGGG